AGCAGGUAUAAAGAGUCCGCCUGCGGCCGCGGGGCAGUUCCCGGCUUCACAGGGGAAAGGCUCGCGUCGUUGGUUAGCUUACGUGGCAAGUAUCGUCCGGGCACCACGAAGAUGGCUCCCAUUGCGGGGAAAAAGGCCAAGAAAGGUAUUCUAGAACGUUUAAAUGCCGGGGAGAUUGUGAUUGGAGAUGGAGGCUUUGUCUUCGCUCUGGAGAAGAGGGGCUAUGUGAAGGCAGGACCCUGGACCCCAGAAGCUGCUGUGGAACACCCAGAAGCAGUCCGCCAGCUUCAUCGAGAGUUCCUCAGAGCUGGAUCAAACGUCAUGCAGACCUUCACCUUCUAUGCUAGUGAAGACAAGUUGGAGAAUAGGGGAAACUAUGUUGCAGAGAAAAUAUCUGGGCAGAAAGUCAAUGAAGCUGCCAGUGACAUUGCCCGGCAAGUGGCUGAUGAGGGAGAUGCUUUGGUGGCGGGAGGCGUGAGUCAGACACCAUCAUACCUCAGCUGCAAGAGUGAAACUGAAGUUAAAAAAAUAUUUCAGCAACAGUUAGAGGUCUUUAUAAAGAAAAAUGUGGACUUCUUGAUUGCAGAGUAUUUUGAACAUGUUGAAGAAGCUGUGUGGGCAGUUGAGGCCUUGAAAGUAUCUGGUAAACCAGUGGCAGCUACCAUGUGCAUAGGCCCAGAUGGAGAUUUGCAUGGCGUGACCCCUGGCGAGUGUGCAGUGCGGCUGGUUAAAGCAGGAGCCUCCAUCGUUGGCGUGAACUGCCAUUUUGACCCCACAUUAGUCUACAGACAGUGAAGCUCAUGAAAGAAGGUUUUAGAGGCCGCGCGAUUGAAAGCUCACCUGAUGACUCAGCCCUUGGCCUACCACACUCCCGACUGUGGCAAACAGGGAUUUAUUGAUCUCCCAGAAUUCCCCUUUGGACUGGAGCCCAGAGUUGCAACCAGAUGGGAUAUUCAAAAAUAUGCCAGAGAGGCCUACAACCUGGGUGUCAGGUACAUUGGUGGAUGCUGUGGAUUUGAGCCCUACCACAUCAGAGCCAUUGCAGAGGAGCUGGCCCCGGAAAGGGGAUUUUUGCCACCAGCUUCAGAAAAACACGGCAGCUGGGGAAGUGGUUUGGACAUGCAUACCAAACCCUGGAUUAGAGCAAGGGCCAGGAAGGAAUACUGGGAGAAUCUUCGGAUAGCCUCAGGCAGGCCAUACAACCCUUCAAUGUCAAAGCCUGAUGCCUGGGGAGUGACCAAAGGAACAGUGGAGCUGAUGCAGCAGAAGGAAGCCACAACUAACCAACAGCUGAAGGAGCUCUUUGUAAAACAGAAAUCCAAAUCUGCACAGUAGCCUCAAUGGAAUGUAUUUGUGAUGAAUUCCUCUAUGUUUGGGCCAGUUCCUAAAAAAUAGGGAAAAGAUUGUUAAAAAGCAAUGCUUGUAUUAAUACCACUUUACACAAUAGUUGGUAUUAGCUGAAUGAAAUAGAAUUACAUGCAUUACUAUAUGAUGGUACUGUGAACAGCUUAUUGAACACCAUGGAUGAUUGUAUGGUAUAUGAAUAUAUUUCAAUAAAACUGAAUUUAAUUAAAAAAAAAGAAAUAGAAUUACAAAUAGCACUUGACAAUUUUAAAGUAUGUUUUAGAAGUUUACUUAGAAGCAAAAUAAGUAAGAAGUAAAUCUUAAACAAGUUUGCUAGGCACCUACCAGGUAUAAGUUAUUAGGGAAAGCACUGUGACCAACGAAAAGUAAUUCAGACACUAAUCCUGCUUCAAGAAAGUUGUAGCCUAGUAAGAAAAGAAAAGACAAACUGUCAUAAAUGACUCAGCAACCAGAGAGGGACAAAUAAAGUACUAUAGAAAAGAGGCUUCCCUACUCUUUUGAUCUUGACCCAGAUCUUGACCCUCAGUAAAAAAAAAAAAAAAAACUUUAUAUAUUGACCAGUAAAACACAUAA